UCGAAAAAAAGGGGCCUUAAAGCCAGAUUUAAAGGUCCCUUCAUCGUGCAGUCAGUGACACCCCAUGGCAAUGUAAAAUUUAGAGAAAGCAAAAACAGCCAUCAUGCGAAAAAUUUAAAAAAAUUCGUUGAAGUUUCUGAACCAACCACCAUGUCUAUUAAAGAAAUGCUGAUAGAUGAAGGUGGUAUUGAUAACGCUACCAUUCUCGACCAUGACUAUGCUUGCGAAUAUCCAGUUAAAAAUAUUAUAGAAAAAGAAGGGCGUUUAAUAGCUGAUGUCACAGAUGAAAUAUCUGAUGAAGAUAUUAUAAGAUGCGUUUCUGAACCAACAACAGAAUUUAACAACAAGGAACAGGCUGAUGGUACUUAUAGCGCUACUGGCCUAAAUAUCAAAGCUGAAGAGAAGCAGACAAAAAAGAUCGAUAACGAUGAAAUGGAAAUGUAUUCGAACACAAAUGGGGUGUGUUUUUGUGCAGCAACGGUUCAUGAACAAAUGGUUGCGUUGAAAUCAGUGGAAACAAAGAAAAUUGUUCUCAGCCUGUUUCCUGAAUUUGGAAGUACUCCGGUAACAGAUGUUUUACUAAAGGAAGCUCUGCAUAGCUCUGUAAAUGACGAAGUCAUAUACACCUAUUUGUGUAUUCUUUCCCGGCAAAGUAAACAUAAGAGUGUAAAGAUUAUUACUCCAGGCGAGAUGUCUCUGAUUUUUGAUGAACCAGCGUCAAAAAUGAAACAGCGUGAUAUAACAAAAUACGAUCAAAUUAUUGGUUGUCGUUGUUCAGGAUACCACUGGACGCUUUCGGUUGUUAUUCCAUCUGCUUCAACCAUAAUUUACUUUAACCCACUCGGUGAAUUACCUGAAGAAAUUGUAAUGGUUGAACAGCAAUGGAAUUCUUAUCUUGCGGCGAAAUAUCAAAUAGAAGAUAACUUUAACGUGGAAAUUGUGCCACAUGCACGACAGAAAGAUAGCAUUUCCUGUGGUGUAUACUGUUUGAAAUUUGCAGAGUGCCUUAUUUUGGAAAAACAAGAGGUGCCAAUAACUUUAACAACAUCAAGCGUUACAACCUACAGAGAGGAAAUUGUUAAAAAAUUGCUUGAAGAGGGAGGUCAAGAACGAUGGUGCAAUAGCGUAUGUCGAGUAUGUGGAAAGGCAGAGGGUCCUAAAGUACAAGGAAAACCAACUGAUGCGUGGGUUUGCUGCGAUACUUGCUUACCAGCCAGGUGGUAUCAUCAGCAGUGUUUACACAAGUCGUUAAGAAAAUCGUACAGUAAUUUCCCAUUUAAUUGUGAUAUGCUGCAAGUCGCUCCUCCGGAAUUUAAUGAGAAGUUGUGGACUGUACAAAAAAAUGAAAAAGUGGAGGUACUUGUCAUAAAAGACGAAGAUAUUAAUAAUAACCAAGACACCGGUACAGUCAAGAAGAACGUAAAUGAAGUUGAUGAGGGCUGCUUCGUUAUAAAAAGGAAAAACAAUUACAUGAGGAAAUGUGCCGGGUGUGGCGGAGAUUUCACAGGCACAGAUGUGUGUGUCAUGACAACAGAAUUGAGAUUAUUAAGAGGAGAAUAGGCACCACACGGGAAACGCAAGAAAACAAAUGUGCACUACCACAUAGAUCAAAAGUGUUUGGGCAGAGGAUUUGAAGCACAGAAUAUAUUAAAUCCGAUGAACGUCUUCAUCUCAAAAGAAAACCUAGAUAUAUUUAAACAAAACGGGGUGGAUUUAAGGAAAAACAAGAAUUUUUAGCAUUAUCAAGUUUUUUUUAUAGAGAUUGUAUUUUAUGACUGUUCUAUGACGAAAAUGUUCUUUAAAAUACAGUGGAAUAUGUGUAUGUGUCAGACUUUCCUGUUGAUCUAAUGGUGUUCCUUUUCUUCAUAUUUUAUUGUAAGAUACAAUCACUUAACUUCAAACGUUUGAAUAGCCAUAUCAAAUGUGUGUUUUUAUAUUUUCCGCACAAAAAGAAUAAAUAAGAACAAGAAGAAGACAGCGUCUUUAACAUCUGCGCUGCGGGAGAAAUCUAAUGGUCAUACGUACGCAAUUCGCUGCGUCAAGAUCGUGCGCCAUAUAAUAUAAAAUUCAUUAUGCAAUGCAUAUAAAGCAUUCAUGAUACAUAAAUACUGUUUUGCAUUUAGGGUGAACA